CCUCCCCUCUCGUCUUUUGAAAAAUUGCAGGAAAUUUUCUAAUUGCUCAGAAAUUUUGGAGAAUUUAAUCUGAUUUUUGCAAUGCCAUGCAUGACCGCGGAAAAGUCAAGUGAAAGUUCACCCAGGUUGUGAAAACCGAAGAUUCUCUAAUGUACCAUAAGGAAAAGAAUGUGCAUAUGAGUUUUUUUCCCAGCUCACAAUGAUGAUGUGUUAGUACUUUUUCCUGAGUCAAUUGAUGACGUAUUAAUGAUAUCUAAAAUAUAUAUAGAAGAAUGUUUGUCUGUUCUUUAUGCAUUUUGCCCCUGUAAGAGCUAGCGUCACCAAACUUUCCAUGGCAUACCCUUAGGUCCAGGGAAAGGUCGAGACGGGGUCGGCGCGACCGAGGGACUAGGGAAGGCCCCAUCCGUUUUCGAAAAAUCAAAGAAAAUUUUGUUGAUUUUUCCAAAGUGUUAGAGAAUUUUCUCAGACUUUUGGAUCAUCUUCCUUCUACUUUUAUCUCUUCGUGCUGCGCCUGGGUCAAAAGCUACUUUUUGAUCGGAAGUUUCUACGUCCGGGGUAUUCGAUGACCUCAUUAUUGAAGCAUCAUAGUAUGUGACCCAUGCAAGUAGUCUGAGCAUGCAAUUGUUUCGUCAAUAAGUCGAGAACAAAAGGAGAGAAACAUCUGAUGUUUUCACCAAUUCACACCAGAGAUUCUAAGGUGUGGAAGUAUGCUCAGACUUGAUUGGUCUAUUUCCUGAUCGGUUGGAUUUUAGCAUAUAUUAAUGGUUAGUGAUCUAUAUAUAUAAAGCAGAAAGUUUGUUUGUCUGUUUGUUCUUCAUGCAUUUGGACACCGUACGAGUAAAUGCAACGAAAAUUUUCAGAGACCAUCCUCUCAUCCAGGAGGAGAUCAACCACCCCUUUUUGUCAAAAAAAACAUCGGUGCUCCGCCUACAACAUGCCCCGCUAUGUAUCUGACCAAUGAGAUUGAACUACUGAGCAGCGGAUUGUGAGCAAGCACAAAACAUGUACCUAGGAGUUUUUGAGGGUGCUGAGCUUGAAUCUGGAGUCCAUUUGCCUCGAAAUUCUAUUGGUUGACCAAAAACCAAUAGGAAUCGAGUUUUUGAGAAAACGAAUAUCACUGGAUGAUCGGAGGUAGGACAUUAGGAAUCUGAAGUCUAUUAAGCUCGAUACUAUUCUUUUAAUCAAGUUUUCAACGAAAAUGUUUCAAAACGAUGUCAAUUUUUACAAAGAAGCUUUUUAAACUCCAAACUAAUGCAAUGGCACAAGACUAUGUGUCAAAAGUCUAAUGCCUCAUGUUAUUGAAGCAACAAUCUUAACAGACUAUGCCAAAGGAGAAGAUGUAUUUAUACCGCGGAUACCUAUCAUUCCUACGGGUAUGCCUUUUGAAUUUAAAAGUCUACAAUUUCUAGUGCGUCUCGCCUUUGCGAUGUCCAUCAACAAAUCUUAAGGAGAGUCUCUUAAGGUUGUCUGCAUUAACCUAGAGACUCCUUGCUUUUCCCACGGACAACUUUACGUGGCAUGUUCAAGAGUUGGAACUGGAAAGAAUUUGUAUGUCUUUGCGCUUGAUGCGAACACUAAAAACAUUGUGUAUCAAUCUGCUUUACAAUAAAAAUUGUUUUUCAAUGCAGAUAUCCUUUUUAAAUCUUCUACUAUGUCAAUGAUACAAUAACAAAUCUCCCGGGCAACACCGGGUACCUCCACUAGUAAAUUUAAUAUUUUUGGAGUAAGAUGAACAAGAAUUUAAAGAAAUUUCAAAAAAAUUUCUAAUACGAAUCUAAGUUUUUUUCAAUGCCGAACUGACCAAUAAAAAUCUUCAGACUCGGACCCGACGGACUCUACCGUUGACUAAAGUAUUUCAAUUAGUUUAUUGUCUAUCGUCAAAAACAAAUUAAUAUAUUAGUAUUGAUGCCUGAUUAUUAAACAUGAUAAUGAUAAUCUCACAAAAAUACUAUAGAAAUAAAAUAAUCUUUUAGAGUUAAUAUAUUUAACUUAUAAAAUUGUCUCAUUAACAUAUUCUAUUGAUUAUUAAUAAUAAUAUAUGUGAACAAUCGAUUUUAUUUUGUUAGAAGAAUUAUUCAUAAAUAAUAAAGGAAGUUUUUCUUUCAAUGAAAUAUGUUUUAUUGUUAAUAUUUUUUGUUUUAUCUGUUAAUUUUUCAUAAAGAAAAAAUAGAUUUAAUAAAUUAUAUUGAAAAAAAAAUAUUUAUUUUCGUAAAUUUAGAUUGGUAGAUUAAUUGGUGCAAUUCUAUCUGUGUUUCUAUCAGUGAAUAUAUGUCUUGAUAUUGUUUGGUUUGGAGGAUUUUGUCUUGCUGUUGCUUGGUUAAUAUUUGUAUGGUUUAUUGGUUUAUCAACAACAAGUUUAUUUGUACUUGGAUCAGUAACUGGUUUAGUAUUUUCUCCAAUAUUUCCUUUAUCAAUUGCAUUAUUCAACCAAAGAUUAAAUGUUGUACCAAUACUUCUUGCUUCUCUUUUAUCUGGAUCAGCAAUUGGAGCAAUAACACUUCAAAAAAUAGCUGGUUUUGUUAUGGAUCGGAAUCCAAAACAUUUUCCAACACUUUUAAUUAUUUGUUUGUUGAUGUCAAUUUUCUUGUAUCUUAUUUCAAAUCUCGUUUAUUUUUUUCAUCAACGAAAAAUCUCAUUAACUGCUCAAUCCUGUUUAAGAGAAGAUGCAACUCUUCCUCCUGAACAUUUUAAUGAAGAAGAACAACAAAUGACUACUUUUUUAAGACAUCAACAACGUACAUAA